UGUUCGGUUUUCUUCGCAGUCGAUGCGCCUGCCAAUCUCGCUUCAUUCGUCGGCGUAAGCUAUUGCUGAACAAACGUGCGAAAGUGAAAAUUAGAAUUGCUUAUCAGCGUCCAAAAGGUUAAACUUCAGAUUGAUGCUGGAAGCAGUAUAACAAGGUCCAGGUUGAAAAUCAACUAGAAAAAAAUGGAUUCUACCGGGCGAGCACGAGGCCGUUCACGUGGAAGGGGCCGUGGAGAGGAAGGAUUGGAUACCUUGACACGAAGACCUGAUUUAGCGCAGCAGCAUGGAAUUGCCCCCUAUACUACACAACCACCACAUGCAAGUGGUCGGUCCAGGGGAGGCAUGCAUCAAGAACCAGAAGGACGAGGUCCUGCACUUUCAUCUUCACACUCGGGAAGUGGAUCAGUGAGCCGGACAACCAGCGGCCCGUCCACUCGCGAUACGCCGCAAGAACUAUCAUAUACUGGACCAGCACCUGGCAGAGCUUCGUCGGCCCUUCGUGGUGGGCCGGCCGGGCCUCCUGCUGUUUCGUCAACCCGUGCUCCUCCAAGUGCUAUGGCCGGUGGAGAUACGGCAGCCAGCAUGGGUCGUGGAGCAAGCCGUGGACGUGAGCAAAGGGAUGUCCAGAUUUAUACUCGUCCUUCGGCUGAAUUCAUCAAACUGGGAAAAACCGGUAGCCCUAUUCCCGUGACAUCUAACUAUUUUGAACUCAUUAAGCGUCCUGAUAUGCACUUGUUGCAGUAUCGUGUUGAUUUCAAUCCGGAUGUAGACCACAUCGGUGUUCGCAAGGCACUCAUCCGAGUUCAUGAAAACGUCCUUGGAAAAUAUCUUUUCGAUGGCACUUUGUUAUACAAUGUUACUCGUCUUCCUCAGCCACUAGAAUUGUUUUCAAAGCGUGUCUCAGAUGGAUCAGAUGUCAGAGUGAAUUUUCGGCUAGUUGGAGAAAUUCACAAGGAAGAUGCCAAUUACACUACGGUGAUGAAUAUUAUUUUACGUCGUUGUCUCGGCAUGCUCAAUUUAACCAUGUGGAAACGUGACUAUUAUGAUCCCGCAGCUCUUACUGAAAUCCCCCAACACUUCUUGAACGUUUGGCCUGGCUACUUGACCACCAUCCGACAUCAUGAAGAUGGAUUUCUCCUCGGUGUCGAAAUCAUUCACAAAGUUUUGCGGAGAGACACUGCCCUAGAUGUCAUGGAUAGGAUGCGUCAAUCGGGGGGUGAUAUUCAGGCUUUGUGUAAAGCAGAACUUCUUGGGAAAGUUGUUAUGACGCAUUACAAUAAGAAAACGUAUCGAAUUGACGAUAUUGACUUUACCAAAAAUCCCAAAUCCACCUUCCAUCUUCGUAAAGAAGACCGUGACAUUUCCUACUUGGAAUAUUACAGCACGCGAUAUAAUCUCACCGUCAGGAAUGCUUCUCAGCCUAUGCUAGUCUCUCUUCCAUCUCGUCGAGAUAAAAAUCGAGGUGAUGAUCAACCAGUGUAUCUUAUUCCAGAGCUUUGCGGUAUGACGGGACUCAGUGACGAUCAAAAGAAAAAUUUCAACCUCAUGAAGGAUGUUGGAAAUAUUACUCGGGUAAUGCCAGACAGGCGUGUUGAAGCGCUCAUGAAGUUUCGUAGGAGGCUAGCUGAAAAUCCAAAGAUUCAAGAAGAACUUAACAGUUGGGGUUUGGACUUCGCGAGAAACAUUGUGAGCUGCAACGCCCGUGUCAUUCCUGCACAAACUAUCCAGCAAGGUGGCAACAGUUUUCCGACACAGGAAGGAGACUGGAGUCGCAAUAUUCAAAGAUCCAGGAUGUGUGUUUCAGUGGAAUUGCAUGACUGGGUUGUGUUCUCGCCCACUGCAAUGAUGCAAGAGAUCAGACCUUUCGUUAAUAUGAUGAAGCAAGUCGGUGCUCAGCAAGGCUUUAAUAUCCCGGAGCCUAAUGUGAUUCCCAUGCAAAUGGACCGUACGUCAAACUACGUUGAGGCAAUCCGUAGCGAAUGUAGUCGUAGAGAGUACAGCCUGAUCUUUUGUGUAUUACGUGCUGCGAGAAACGACACGUACGCAUCGAUUAAGAAGAUGACGAUCUCGGAAUUUGGAAUUCCUUCUCAGGUGAUAACGGGACGAAAUCUCAAAGGACAGCAAGGCAAGCUCAUGUCAAUUGCUACCAAAGUCAUGAUCCAAGUUGCAUCUAAGUUAGGAGCAGAACCUUGGAGAGUAGCGGUUCCGCAGACGAAAUGGAUGGUUAUAGGUUACGAUACGUACCAUGACGCACGACAACGAAAGGCUGUUGGAGCCUUUGUUGCUUCCAUCAACCCGACCUUCUCUCGUUACUAUUCUUCAGUCAAAAUCCACGAAAAUAAUGAAGAGAUCUCACCCAGCUUCAAAGAUCACCUUUUUGGUGCCCUCAAAUCUUACUACAUCAUGAAUGAAAAAACUCUACCUGAGAAAAUCAUCGUGUAUCGUGACGGUGUUGGUGCCGGAGAUAUUGCGCGAUUGAAGGAUACCGAAGUUGCAGCGCUGAGAGAGGCUUGUUCCGAUGCCGGAGCUCGAACACAUUACCUCGGAACUGGUGUGUACAACCCAUCUAUUGCCUUUAUCGUCGUCAGCAAGCGAAUCAACACACGAUUUUUCGCUAUGGGUGCUCGUGGCGCAGGCAAUCCGCCAUGUGGCACAGUUGUUGACAAUACAGUGACACUUAACGAGAGAUUUGACUUCUUCUUGGUUUCGCAAAAAGUCACCCAAGGAACUGUUUCGCCAACCAGCUAUAAUAUCAUUGAAGAUGACACCGGAAUUGCUCCCGAUAUUCAUCAGCGAUUGGCUUAUGCUCUCACACAUCUUUACUACAAUUGGCCGGGCACCCUACGCAUCCCAGCACCGAUUCAAUAUGCUCAUAAACUGGCUUAUCUUGUAGGAGAAUCUAUGAUGACUCAGCCGCACGAAGGACUGAAUCGACUCCCAUAUUACCUUUAAAGAUCUCCUGUUCGUUUCUUUCAUUUUUUUUUCUCUUAUUUUUUAUUUGGGUAUUUUUUUCAUGAACACUCUACUACCAGACGACGAGACUUGCCUUAGUCACACGAUUUUUGAAUGGCGUCAAGAAUUUGUUGCCCCGUGUUUGUUUCGAGGCGUAAUUAUGACCAUGAAGUGUUUUUGUGCUUGUUUUUCUUUAUUCUGCAAUGUUAAUUCACCUCCACGGGCCAUGUCAACUAAGAAAGUGUGAUGAGUGCCCAAUGUGCCAUUUGUUGUAUUUAGCUAACCGAGGAAUAAGAUAAUAAACCUUUGUUUUUAAAUAAA